AUGCUGGAGACCAUUCUGGCCUUCCGGCCAAACGACCCCGAUUCGGUGAGCAGCGACAUUUCUGAGGCAAGCGGCAGAGAAGUGGGUCUGGCUGCCGGACAGGAGGUCAAACGGGACAUUGGAGGCGGGGGCAGUGGCAGCGGGGCUGGAGGGAGUAGCGCGUCUGCGGCGGCACCGCUGCUCGAAAAGCAGCCGACAACGCGUGAGAACACAGUUGCCGGCCUCUGUCGCGACAUGCUCGCUCGGUUUCCACUGGCCUAUUCUCCUACGACGGUCGCAGAACGCCUCGAUCUCAUGGGUCGUGUUCAGCCGAUGACCAUCUUUCUACGCCAAGAGGUCGACCGAAUGGAUCAUGUCAUUCGUGAAGUGACCAGCACCCUCCAGGAUCUACUUUUGGCCAUUGAAGGCACUGUCGUCAUGAACCAAAACUUGCGCGUUGCCAUGGACGCUCUCUUCGACGCCAGAGCGCCAGCCAAUUGGAUUAGACCUGCGCAACCACUUUUCUCGAGGCGCUCUUUAGGCGCCUUAAGAGGCCCAAAAGAUGCAGAAUUCCAUUUAAUUCGAUUGGCGCUGCAGAUGCUUAAGAUUUUUAAUCGCUUUAUUUUACACAAACACACACACACACUCACGCAUACUCGAGCCUCCUCUUGCCUCUCUGGGCCGCAUAGAACAUCUGCUCACUGGCGACCACCGAGCUUUCAUGAAUUACUCCACCUCUUCAUAUACUUUACUACCUCAUCUCUCCUAACGGCAUUUCGAGAUUGGAGGAGCCUGUGGGCUUGGAGGAGAAGGCACCUUUUUAUUGGCUGCCUUGAACUGGACAGUGUGUUUGGCCUGAGGAAAGGGCAACGCCCAAAAUCCCAGACUUAUGCAAAUUACGACUUGGGAUUGACACCUUCUUCCGGCUUGGUUGCCAACCGCGAGGAUGUAGAGGGCCGUUUUACUGCACACAUGCUCUGGCACACAUGCCUCGGCAACGCGAAACCCCAUCAGAAAGAGGCGUACAAAGAGAAGUCUGAGAAAGGCUGCUACCUUAACGACCCGUCGCCAGAAAGUGGCUAA